UGAACGGUUUAACACUGGUGUGCGGUACGAAAUAUUGAGAAACAAUUGUUCGAUUAAUUACAACAACAAAACUAAUAAUAACAAAUAUAAAGUAGUACAAUAACAAAUACAUACAUAUACACAUAUACACAUUUGUAUAAUGUGCAUUUAAAGCUUUCGUGCUUGAGUCUUUCGAAUCGUUAAUUCGAAUCGGUUAUACAUGAGUGAUAUUUUGUGAAUGGAUUUUUAACAACAAAUUAUUUCAAAAUCACUGUUGGUACAAUUUGACUGAAAAGUUACCAAAAAUAUACAAAGUUUUAAUACAAAUGAAAGCAUGAAUAAUUACUUACAAAUAAAAAAAAAGCAAAAAAAUCAACAAAAAGCAAUUAAAUGUUAAGAAAUCACCAUGCCGCAAAAAGUGCAAUGCAAGAAAUAAAUAAAUGAGUUCUUGUGUAACAACAAAUUAAUUAUUAAAUUUUUGGCUAACAAAAGGCUUACAAAGUUAACAACAUCAGCAAAACAAUAUAAGUUGUUUAAAAAAACUGUCUUAACGGUGGGUGAAAAAUAAAUAAAAGUAAAUAAUAAUAGCAACAAGAAUAAGGAACUGCACACACUAAGCGCGGAUCCGGCGCACUCACAUAGUAUGGAAAUACCAGCGCUUCGCGGCCUCAAUGGCCUGCUGUUGAUACUGGCGGCUUCGCUGCUUGCUGUUGUACAGUCACAAGAUACAUCGGGCUACUAUUUUGCCACACCCAACACACAGACGCGCUUUGUGCCAUCCGUUGCGUUCCAGUCGAAUCGCCAGCCAGCGCAGGCGGCUUAUUUGACAGCGUCACGUGGUGGCGGUAAUGCGUUGUCCAACAGUGCUUACACCCAACCGGGCUCAUAUCAAGAGCAGCUGCUAUUCAUAAGCAAUGACGGCAAGCAGCAACAGUCACAACAACUGGCUUCAUCGGUGGCAUAUUCACCGUUUGGUGCGCAAAUUUCGCAAACCCGCAAUCCCGAUUACUACGACAUUUCACCACGCCCCUUUGGCUCGCCCGCUUCAACGGGCCUCAGCACCGCAGCCAGUGGGUUUUCUCGUUCCAAGGCAAAACGUCCGAUCGGUGGAGGUUUUGUGCCAUCACAACAAAGUUCCGUACGCGCGAAUGUGCCGCAUCAGCAGUCACAAUUUCUGGCACAUUUUAAUGAGCCGGCUACAUCCUCCGCCAAUCGCCCAUCAGCAAAUAGCUUAUCUGGCUCGUUUCAACGACCUUUCGGCAGUAGUGGCUUCGUGCCCAUUUCUAAUCGUAAUCGCCCAGUUGCCGCAGCUUCUAGCGGCUCGAACUACAAUACCGAUUUAUCACCAAAUUCAAGCCAGUCCGCAUUCUCGCAAACAUCUUUCAAAAACACCCGCAAUCGUUUCCAAUCUAGUAGCGCUAAUUCGGCUGCUGCCUCAGCCAGCACGGAAUCGCCAGCGUCUAGCACGAAACGAUACAACCGCUUCGGUGCAAGUCGUUCGCAGAAUACACUUAAAGCACAACAACAACCAACUCCUUAUAAUACACCUGAAACCUCGUCACAACGUCCCACAUUUGGACGCAUUACUAGCAAUAAGUCGACCAGCUUUCAACCUAGACGACCAGUUUUCAUUAGCCGAGAGAUUAACGAACCCGUAAAUGUGGCGAAAGUGCAGAGACCGUUCUCUGCCGGACGCGUCAAGUUGCCCGUCAAGGAGGCUCUCUUGAAGCAAUCUACGACGGCUUCUGUGAAAACGACAUCAGCCAUUACACCCACUAGUGAUAGCGAAGAAUAUUACGAGGACGAAAGUGGUAGCCCAGCGGAUAUGAGCUCCACAAAAGAAACAAGUCAGGAAAAGUUGGAACUGCAUGAAGCCGAAGAGACAACGGUCUCAGUAAUAACAACUACAGAUACAACACAGUCCACAAUCAGCGCUGAGGGCGAAGAGACAACAGCUUUGCCAUUGGAUGAUGACAAAUCAGAAGCGACCGUUGAGCAAGUGAAUGAAGAAAACACGAGUAAUGUAUCAAAUUACGAAUCAAUAGAUGCCACCACACAUCGUAGCUCGGAGUACGAGUAUGAAUAUGCGGAUGAAGAAGAAUCAACAGAGGCCACUGUAAAGGAAAUUAAACAAAAACAGUCUUCGACUACUUCAGCGAGUGAAACCACCACUACAAUCUCUACCACAGUAGAAGUAUCAGCGAUCACUACAGAGCAGCCUCAGCCAAUCGUAAGAAAUCAGGAAGUUGAAGAGUCAUUAGAGAUACUAACGACUGCAAAUCACGAUACAACUACCUCUAUGCCUGCAAAUCAUAAGGCAACUGAAUCAGAACACUCAGACGAUAACGAAGACGCAAACUAUGAAGGUAGCGCUGAAUACGAUGAAGACGAGUACGAAGAAGAUGAAGAAUUUGAGGAAAUGGAAGAUGUAAGUCAAGAACCAGUAAAUGAUAAGGACAUUAUCGAUCGCGAGGUCAUAUCAGUAGUGACUACCAAAAGCGUGGUGAAUGGCUCAACCGCCUACCCUACACCGGUCACACAACGUACAACAACAGUUUCCAAUGAGGAAGAAGUCAUCUUUAUGGAAAAUAAAGUACAACCGGCUAAAAUGGACAAAAUGGAAGCAGCCGAAGUUGAAGUCGAAAAGGCCGCCGACAAUUCCACAAUCAAUGAUGAUUCUAUGAGUAAUACAACCGAGAGUUAUGUUGUAAUCGCCUCCAUACAAACAAGUCGUAGUAUAAAUGGUGCACGAUUUCUACCUUUCCCAGCUAUUGAGCAAGAGGAAACCAAGCAGACCCUCUCCGAGCUGGAACGCAAAAUUCAUGCACAAAAGACAGCGUCGAAAAAAACUAAUAAAGAAAUGGAAAUAGACGAAGUCUCAGAAAGUGGUGAGGAAGUAAUGGCUUAUGUAACGGAGAAGUCCAGCACUAAUGUGGCGAUCUCUUCAACUGAAAGCAUUAUCGAUAAAUUAGAUCGUGUGCAAUCGGAACUGUCUAGUGGUCUACUCUCUGGUAAAUAUCCCAUUAUUACCGAAAUGGAUGUGUCGACAAAGGCCACCACUACUACCUCAGGUUCGAAAUUCGUACCAAAUAUACGCAAGUUCCAGCCAAAGACUACCGCCGCCUCAAAAGUGAAGGUGCAUCAUUUCGAUGAGAGUGAAAUGGAUGAAUUGGCUGGCUUAUUGCCAGUAGGUUUCAAACCACGUCCAUCGUAUAAAAAUCGUAAGAUUACUACUACAACGUCAGCUGCACCAGAGGUUGUAGAACCUGAAGGAAAAAAACCAACUCGUAACUCCACAAUUGGUCGCUCAUUUAAGAAUAAUGCUGUAAUUGUACAGGAUGUCGCUCUUGCAGGUCUCUUACCUAAAGGAUAUAAGCCACCAACCACAACAGAAGCCACUACCAAAGCCGAUAUCUCAGAUCUCUUCAGUAAAAUCAAGUUCGACGAUAGUCUAGAAAAGUUACUGCCGAAGGACUAUAAAGAGAAAGCAGUCACGACAGCCAAACCAGCUGUAACGCUUGUGGAUGAUAUCUCCAAGUUUUUACCACCGGGUUACAAAUUAUCUUCCACUACCACAGCACCAGCUAAGAAAUCCGCUGUUGCCGUACUAGACGACAUCAGCAAGCUUUUACCACCUGGUUACAAACCACCUUCUAAACCCUUCGAUGAAACUGAUGAAUUAGCCAGUGGUAUUAUACCGUUGAAGGCUAACGACAUUUCCAAACUUCUACCACCGGGUUAUAAACUCAAUGAGACAAGUACUAAGGACAUCUUACCAGUUCCCGAGAGCAUUGAUAUUUCACAGUUAUUACCGAAAGACUACAAACCCAACGCAGCCAUUGAGAAACCCAUAGAAAUGGUCGGAGUAAAAGCCUUCAAGGAUUCUAUGACAGCAAAGAAAGCUGCUUCAACUACUGAAGCAAGCUCCUCCGCAGCACCUGAAGGGGUCGACAGCACUACUGCUGCUUCUGGUUUCAAGGUAGUCUUUCCAAAAGGCGUACACAAACGAAUAGGCGCGCAACGUUUGACCACACCGCGUACAACUGGAGGCGAUAAUGCCAGCGAAGUGGGCAACUCACCAGCAGUGGUCAUAAAGAAAGGACCACCUACACGUGCAACUACCGAGUUCACUGGUUGGCCCACACCAUCCACAACACCCAUAUCCAUCGAGAAAUUGCUAGAACAAAGCAGAACGGUGAGUAUUAACUUUGAGGAUCUACUUUUGUCCAGCAGCACCAGUACUACAACGACGACAACCACAACAACAACGACCACAACUCCACGACCUACAAAACCCGGACACUGCACGUCUGAUUGUGACCUCGCAGCAACGAUAAAGAUUAUAGAUGGGCUUGCAUGGAAACCGGAACUACUAGAUCACAAUACAGUCGAGUGGAAGAAUCUAGCGCAUGAAGUGGAGGCAGAGCUUAACGAAGUCUACUCGAAAGCACCGCAAUUGUCUCACUGGUACAAAAAAGUACGCAUUGACAGCUUUAGCCAGGGCAGCGUGCUUGUGGAUUACUAUGUAGAACUUGCAAACAUCACCGAAGAUGUAAACACUUUAGAGAUUAAAAAACUCUUCCACGAUGCUUUGACUCACCCGCCACCAGAGAUGAUCUUGGCACACAAACCCGUUACGGAAAACGAAACCGACAAUAAGGAUGAGAACGCUAACAAUAAUGCGCAAUAUCGCGAAGGGAAGGAGGAAAAACUAAUCAAGGAGACAUUCUUAAUGGGAAAAUAUGUUAUAGAUCCAUCGGCCACAGACUUUAGUGUGAUACCCAAGCCGCUUUUACCUAUGGUUGAAUUUGCCGAAGAAGAUCAACUGAUACCUCAAUGGGCGAUUGUUAUAAUUGUAAUAGGUGUGGGCUCAUUGAUCUUCGUUAUAAUUUUUGGUGUGACUGUACUACUUAACCGACAAAAGCGCUCCAAAAAGACACCCAUACCACUAACCAGCGAUAUGUUAAAUGAGUUGAAGAUCAAUCACAUGGGUGGUGCGGAUAAUUAUGGUGUCGAUGAUUUCUAUAACAUAGACGAUGCUUGGAACGACACUAAGCAACCGAUUAAACCAAAGCGUUUCACUAAUUCCCUGCACGACAGCAACGGUUCUAAUAUCUACGACAGCUGGCGCUCCACACGUCACGGCGAUUAUUUGUAUGAUUCUCAAACUAAUUACUCACAAAAGGGUGACUCUUUGCAACGUGGUCACCAUCAUAAUAAUAAUCAUCAUCACCACCACCAGCAACAAAAUCCACAACCACACCAUCCACAACAACAUACGAUGUCACAGCAUCAGCACCCAUAUCAUCAGUAUCCUGAUGCCUUUACGGAUGCGCAUCCAAUGUACACGUACAACAACAAUAGCGGUAGCAAUAGCAAUCAUGCGAGUCGAGCGUCUCGUUAUCAGCGAGACUACGAUCCAGACUUUUAAGUGAUACAAGCAGAAGUGUUGAAGGAGGUAAAGGUAAACAAAUUAUUAGUAGCGAAAAUUGCAGAGAUAAUUUUUAAAAAUGAGAAAAAUAUAUAAAGCAUUAUGAUUAUAGAAAUCUUAUAUGGUUUAUGCUUAAAAAUAUAAACUCUUAAGCGAGGUUAGAAACGAAAAAGAAAUUUAUUUAAAACAUAGCUUCAGUUAAAAUUUAUAAAUUCCCGCAAAUUAUAUUGAAUACCCAGAUACAAAUGAAGAAAUUACAAAAGAUAUGUAUAAAACGAAAAAUACUCAAAUCACAGACUAGCAGACUAAUAAUCUUUUACGUAUUAAAUCGAAUUGUGUAUGAAAAUUAUAGGAAAUAUAUUUAUUAUUGUAAAAAACUGCACUCAUUAAACGAUAUUGUUACACCUAAACUAUUUCUAAUAAAAACGAAAUAUAACGAGUUUAUUUAGUCUUCCCAUGCGGCGAAAUUUACCCCGCGUGCCUUUCGAAUAGUAACUGCUUUUUAGAAAAUUUAAGAAAACAAAAAAGAGCAAAAGCUAAAAACAAAAAUCAAAACAAAAUUGUUGAAAAUAAUAAAACAGAAAAAUGUUAAAUGGGAAAUCUCGUCACCUUUAACACACUGUAUAUAGUGUUUAAAACGUUUCGAUAUAUACUUAAUUAUACUCGUUUAACCCGAAGGCCCUGACAGCCAGUGCUUUAUCUCGUAAGUGAGGCAAUUAUUUAUAAUUGUUUCUCUUUUAAAUAAAUAAAUAAAUAAAUAAAUAAAUAUACUCGUUUAUUUGAACACUGCAUUGUAAGCGGCCGACUCAAGUUAAAACGAGUUCAAAUUAGUCACGAUUAGUGUUAAAUCACUUUUAGGAAACAUAAUAAUAUUUUCUAAUUUAGUUUUGUACGAAAAACAAAAAAAAAAUUAACAAUAUAUUUUUUUUAUA